UCACCCUGUAGUUUGUGCAAACUGUAAACAAAACAAGAAUUGAGAUUUUACAUAUCUUAUUGCAAUAGCCCAAGUGAUUGAGACUCCAGAGGGAAUUCAGUAACCGAAAGCUGAAACAUUCCUUAUUUUAAACAUGGGAGAGACGGAGGAUUCCAAUAAACAUGAAGACAAAGGUGAAGUUGAAAAGAAGGAUAAGAAAGAAAAGGAAGAGAAACACGGCCAUGAUGAUGUAAAAGAAGAUAAGGGAGAGGACAAAAAGAAGGACAAGGACAAGAAAAAGAAAGACAAGGAUGGUAAGGAGGGCAAAGAAGGUGGAAAGGAGAAGAAGGAUGAUGAUGCAAAAGAAGAGAAGGGAGAGGAGAAAAAAAAGGAUAAGGAUAAGAAAAAGAAAGACAAGGAUGGUAAGGAGGACAAAGGUGGAAAGGAGAAGAAGAAAAAGAAUCCUGAAGAUGAGAAAGACCCUGCAAAACUGAAGCAAAAGCUUGAAAAGAUUGAUUCCAAAAUGCAGGCACUGGUGGCUAAGAAAGAAGAAAUUUUGAAACUGCUAAAAGAAGUUGAAUAAGGUGCCCCAAAUGCAAGUGAAGCAUCCGGCCCCCCCACCACCUCCUCUUGAGGCUAGUCUAUGUCCCUUAUGUGAAAAGUGCAAAUGCUUCAUUAGGAAUUUUUAGUCUAUAUAUGAUUUUUGUGAAAAUGACAGUGUAUCUUCUGCAUAGGCAGUUGGCAUUUAAUUAAGAAUGCUUGACUAAUUUAUGUCAAUGCAAAAUAAUUUCAUAAA